AUGAAACAACAUCAAUCAUCACCAAGGUUAGUAAACUCUUGUAUCUUCAAAUGUGUUGAAAGUUUGUUUGGGAGUAACAACUUCCACGUUGCCUACAUAGACCACAUCGGUGGCUUGACACAGAACUUUGAUAUUAUCGUGGCCCCCAGUUAUAGCUGGGCACUGUUUUAUGACACCGGCCAGAGACAUUUGCGCCGACCCCAAUUUCGAAGCGAGUGCAAGGCGAGUGUGCGAGCGACCAGGCCCCGUUCCUUCCUGCUCUCUGACAGUGCACAUUUGCGUGCCUUUGGGUUACAGCUGAAGCAGGUGGAAGAGUACAUGGCCUACCGCAAGCUCCCCAGAGAACUGCGGACCCGGAUAACGGAGUAUUUCGAACACCGAUAUCAAGGCAAAUUCUUCGACGAGGAAAUGAUCCUGGGAGAAUUGUCGGAGAAACUCAGGGAGGACGUGAUAAACUUCAACUGCAGGGCCUUAGUUGCUUCCGUGCCAUUUUUUGCCAAUGCCGAUGCACGCUUUGUGACUGACGUGGUUACCAAGCUGAGAUACGAGGUGUACCAACCAGGUGAUAUUAUCAUCAAGGAAGGUACCAUUGGGAACAAGAUGUACUUUAUACAAGAAGGUAUUGUUGAUAUUGUCAUGUCCAACGGCGAAGUGGCGACCUCUCUCAGCGAUGGCUCUUACUUCGGGGAGAUCUGUCUGCUGACCAACGCCCGGCGGACGGCGUCGGUCCGGGCGGAGACCUACUGCAACCUCUUCAGCCUCAGCGUUGAGCACUUCAACACUGUCCUGGACUCGUAUCCACUCAUGCGGCGGACGAUGGAGAGUGUAGCCGCUGAAAGAUUAAACAAGAUCGGGAAGAAUCCGUCGAUCGUGAGCAAUCGAGAGGACCUGACCAACGACUGCAAGACGGUCAACGCCAUCGUGAACGCCCUGGCCUCCGUGGCGGCGACCGAGCAGGGCGACGGCGGCACCAGCUCGGAAGAGUCCAUGAUGCCAGCCGACAGAUCCAGCCUUAAGAGUCGUCGGCAUCACCACCAUAACCUCCUCGAUCUUGGUUCUAUAGGUCAAGCCCUGGCCAAAGGUCACCUACCUAGACCGAAGAGUGAGAAUAACUUUGCCCUUUCGCUUGACCAGCCCUCACCCUUGAAUCGCAACCGCCCUUCCUUUCACAAGUCUGACACCUUUCAUAAGACACUUCGUUCCAAUAGCAGGUGGCCCCCGCCCAUGCGCUGAUGCUCUUGGGCGCCACAGCUGAUCUAUUUUGUACUAUUAUGAAACACGGAGAGAGACCGAGUGACCUGCACCAACAUCAUAUAGCAAAGACAAACUUCCAGGCACAUAGUGAACAAUCCUUGUGAUCUGUACUUUUAGUGACAAUGUAGGUAUAAAAAGUUGUUAGUGUAUUUAUUAGGGUGCUCAAAACAAUGAGGACCUAAGCUGAUGAGUAGAUUGUUGGUAUAAACCUCAGUGCAUAAUGAGGACACGCACAUUGGUUAUAAAAAAAUAAAUAAAAAACAAACAGCCACAAAAGCUUUCGCCACACGUGAAUUAACAGUAAACGGUACUACUGUUGUGUUGUUAUUGCUUCAAAUGAUUAUCUGUUAUUAUGAGAAGGUGCCAAAGUCCAAGGAGAUCUGGCAUAUGAAUGGUGGUUCAGUCUUUGUUCCUGACAAGCUUUUUGUAAAGCAGGAGAGCAAUAAUAUAAAGUAAUGAAAGUGCAUUCUUGCUCAGUGCAGUAAAGGCAUCACAUGGGUACAACAUAUCUGCAUAGGGUCAUAUUCUGAAACUCAAGUGUGAUACAUGUGUUACUAUGUUAAUGUUUUUGUAAGGAGUAUUACAUUAUCGAGAAAUUUUUUAACUGUUUGAAUGACUUUGGACAUUAUAAUGCAAGGGGUAUUUAUGGUAAACAAAGAUUUUUAUAUGAGAAAGAUGUGCUAUCAAACCUAGGUGUAAGGUCCCAGCAGCAUAGCUGUGUGGUGCCCAUGUAUGCUGUAUAAAGCUCAUGUAUACUGUAUAAAGCUAAUAAUGCACACAUAAUUUAUUUUAUGUAUGAUAUAUUGAGCUUUUAUGUACACUGUUAUGAAGCCAUCCAUGCUGUAUAGAAAUAGUUGGAGAAAAGAAAUUCAUAAGUUUCUGCUGGCAUUAUAUACUUCACUUCAUUUGUGUUGUGUGUGUACUUAAUGUAAACAUACAUAUACGCACGCACCAC